UUCUUAGACCACGUGUCAGCAAACUGUGAAAUUUGAUUUUUUUUUCUUUCUCUCCUCCUCUCUCUCGUCUUCUUCUCCGUCGACGAUUGCUUCUGUGCUCAAAGGACCCUUCAAAAUCGUCGAAGGUCCGCCAGCUCCGCCGCCGGGAACCCAGAUGAGAUUGCGAAGUUGUUUCCUGGUCUGUAUGGUUAGCCGUCUGUGUUAGUUGUUCCGGAUCAGAGUGCAGCUUCGUCGGGAGAGAAGUUGAAGAUCGGUGUUGUUCUGUCUGGAGGUCAGGCGCCUGGUGGACACAAUGUGAUCUCUGGAUUAUUCGAUUACUUGCAGGAACGUGCUAAAGGAAGCAUAUUUACGGGUUCAAGGGUGAUCCAGCUGGUAUCAUGAAAUGCAAAUAUGUCGAGUUGAAUGCUGAAUACAUUCAGCCUUACAGGAACCAGGGUGGCUUUGACAUGAUCUGCAGUGGAAGAGACAAGAUUGAAACGCCUGAGCAGUUUAAACAAGCUGAGGAAAAAGCAAAGAAGCUAGAUUUGGAUGGAUUGGUGGUUAUCGAUGGAGAUGACUCCAACACCAAUGCUUGCCUCCUUGCUGAAAACUUCAGGAACCGGUGACUUGAGAAAGCCACAAAAAAGUACGAGAAGGAGUACAGUUGGUGCAGAACAAGUGGUGAAGGUUGCUUACUGCUGUGACACAAGGAGAUAGCAGAGAUAAGAGGACCAUAAUUUCCUCUUUCAGGAAUAAGUGUUGUUCCUUUACCAGCCCAGUACAACUGAAUCUCUAAUAUAUUAUUUGUCACAUUCGCACUCACUGUUUUGAAAACAGGCUUCAGAGUCCCAUUAGCCGCCUCUUUGAUGUUAAAAUCCCUCAAGAACAAUACUCCCUAACCGGGGAGAAAAAGUACAUAAGGAAAUGAACUUCAAUCUUCCAUGCA